CCAGGUGCAGAAGAAAGCAGGAGUUCCUGUUGCGGUUUUGUCUGGACGCUGAGGGGGAUUUGGGGUCCGACUCACAAGAGAAUCUCCACAAAUUGGACCUGCUGCGCCUAUGAAGAACUGGUCUGUGCAGAGAAUACACUCUACCAAACCCAGUAACAUCCACAGUGGAGAAUACCAACAAUAAACCGGAAACACCAACACAUUUCUGUGUGACUGACUUGGCUGUCAAAGAGCUCCAAUCAGCUGUCAGCCUCAUGCCUUAACCUCAGACUUAUCUUACUAUAAAAAUAUACUACCUCUACAUCUGGAAAUAUGGGAGCCACAGGUUAUGGAUACUACCGCACGGUCAUCUUCUUCUCUAUGUUUAUUGGCUACUCAUUGUACUACUUAAACAGGAAGACCUUUUCCUUCGUCAUGCCCUCUGUGAUGGAGGAGAUCGAACUGGACAAGGAUGACCUGGGCUUGAUUGCAAGUAGCCAAACCAUGGCCUAUGCCAUCAGCAAGUUCAUCAGUGGUGUGCUGUCAGACCAGAUCAGUGCCCGCUGGCUCUUCUCCAUUGGACUCUUUGUGGUGGGAGUAAUCAACGUGGCUUUCUCCUGGUCCUCUACUGUGGCCAUGUUUUCUGUGCUGUGGUUCAUCAAUGGUCUAGGCCAGGGCCUGGGCUGGCCUCCAUGUGGGAAGGUGCUGCGAAAGUGGUCUGAGCCUUCCCAGUUUGGGACGUGGUGGGCGGUGUUGUCCUGCAGCAUGAACCUGGCGGGAUGCCUGGGGCCUCUCCUUGCAACAGUCCUGCUGCAGUACUAUGACUGGAGGGCCAUCUUGGCCAUGUCUGGCACCUUCUGUGCUGCCUUCUCAUUCAUCUGCUUGGUGUUUGUUAAGAACGAGCCCAAAGAUGUGGGUCUGCCCAGUAUCGAGGCUGCUGUCAAGAAGGGGGGCAAGGGGGUGGUCAACAGUGAAAGCACCCUGAGAGAGUUCCUGCUCUCUCCAUACUUGUGGGUUCUGUCCCUGGGCUACCUGGUGGUGUUUGGGGUAAAGACGGCUGCCACCGACUGGGGUCAGCUCUUCCUCAUCCAGGAGAAGGGCCAGACUGCCCUCAUGAGCAGCUCUUACAUGAGUGCCCUUGAGAUGGGAGGUCUCGUGGGAAGUCUUGCAGCCGGCCUAUUGUCUGACAGGGCUGUAGCUAAAAAAGGUUUGAGUGCCCAUGGAAACCCUCGCCAUGGCCUGUUGCUGUCCAUGAUGGCUGGCACGUUUGUCUCCAUGUACCUGUUCAGGGUCACAAUCACAACAAAGGAUCCUGAGGAAGCUCCUAUUUGGGCCCAGGUACUUCAUCCUAUAUCUGUGCUCAUUGGCCUGUCAGAGAAAGAGAUCUGGAUCCUCUCUUUGGGUGCCAUGUUUGGAUUCUCUUGCUAUGGACCAAUAGCUUUGUUUGGUGUUAUAGCCAAUGAGAGUGCUCCAUCAAACUACUGCGGAACAUCCCAUGCCAUUGUAGCACUCAUGGCCAAUGUUGGGGCUUUCCUGGCCGGACUCCCAUUCAGCACCAUUGCUAAACACCACAGCUGGGACAUGGCCUUCUGGGUGGCUGAGGUGGCCUGUGGCCUGAUGACUGUCAGCUUCUUCUUCCUGCGCAACAUGCAAACCAAAAUGGGGCGGAUACCCGAGAAGAUUGACUGAUUGUAUUUUACUGUCUCCGGUGACAUGGCAAUGUUAUGAGAUGGUCAGCCUAGUGGGGCUGUAUACUUGUUUACCGUAUGAAACCCUUCUUGCUCCUCAAGGCACAACACUGUCAAUGUGAUCUCAUCUCAAGACACGAUUGUAAAUGUUUUAAUCUCUAGAAGUCACUUGAGUAAGAAUGUUAACUUUGUAGAUGUUCAAAAUGUUCCUCUUUUGAAUCACUUUUGAUACACAUGAAAACUAAGUUUGAAGUCUACACAUUGAACACCACACAGUUGUAUUAAAAAGCCACAAGGCAAUGUUUUUGUUUGUAAAUAGUUAAAGAAAGUAAAGUUUGUUAACUGGCACGGACAAAGGUUAUAUUUUAUUGUAUUAUUUCCUCUAGUGGUGCUUGAGAAGGACAUUCUGUCCUCCUGCUUAUUGAAGAAUUAUUGUUAUUACUGUGUUUAACAAGAGACAUUACAGAUGAUGAACUAGCUGAAAUAUAAGUACACUGUAAAUAUGUGCUAGUUAUUGCAUAGUUUGCCUUCAGUGGAGGCCAAUUGUCUUGGAGUUAUUCAGUGUCUCAAGGAAACGCCACUGUGUUACAUGUUUUCAGUAACUAUGCACAUCAAAUUUUUAGGUAUUUUCUUAAAAGAGCACUAUCAGACUGGACUAAUAUGAGAUUUGUAUGUGGUUUAUUUAGUUUAAUCAAAACUAAUUCAACAUCUCAGUUUUAAAAACGUGUACAUGAUAUGAAGGAAAACAUUCUGUAUUGUUUGUUACUUAAUACCAUUCAGUUUGUUAUUGUCAUUGUUGCUAGAACAUUUUGAAAUGAACUGGAGGCUUAAAUCUGCGUACUUUUUUCUUGUGUUAAUUUGACACCAUCUCCAAUAAUUUGCUAGUUUUAACAAGGGAAGUAAUCAUAAUCUCACUCUGUAUUACAAUUCGGGCAUGUUUUAAUGUACUGGAAUCAAAAAUAAAUAAUUGGG